AGCGGACGACCUAGCAGCAUCAGCAGUCAAGCUGCUGCGACACACAGCUGCACACUCUGGCGCCACAGCUGCCCUUCCUCUCCUGCAUCGCCUGCAGCAGCAUCCGCUGCUCUCCUCCUCGCCCUCCCUCCGCAUUGCUGAGCUGGAGCUGACUCACGACCUCUGCCUUGCCACUGGCCGCACAUCCCAAGCACUGCAUGUGUGCGAGCAGCUCGCAGCCGUUGCCACACGCCAUGGCCUCGCACAUGGGGAAGAACAUGGCGCAGGGCAUGGUGGAGGGCAGGGUGGCACAGAGGUGGACUUGGAGUUGGAGGCGGCGUGCCGCCACGUGCACACCCUCACUGCUGCCUCGCGCUUUCCCCAGGCAGCAUCAGCAGCCAAGGCGCUGUUCACGGCGUGCUGCCGGCACAACCGCCAGCUCUACCAUGCACGCUGCCUGCUGCUCAUGGCGGAGUUACACCUGGUGAGACACCUGAGGCACCUGAAAGCCGGGUCACCAGCAGCGGCCCUCCCACACGCGCUGGCAUGCGCAUCCCUGGCAGCCCGCCUGCACGCACUGCUGCUGCAGGCCACCGCCACCCUCACUGCCGCCGAGGCCACCCUCGCCCUGGCGCCCUCUGCCUGCCGCCCUGCUGCUGCUGAGAGUUACGUUCCAGGGGGUGAUGAUGGGGGUGGCGAGAGCAGCAGCGGGCGGGAGUGUGCGGUGCAAGCGCUGUGGCUGCUGGAUGGGGUGUGCCUGCCGGUGCUGCUGGGGCAGUCAGGCCUCACCAUGCGCUCCCGCACCCUCAUGCUCAUUGCUCUGUGCCACCUCGCCUUGCUCCUUCCUGCUGGUGAGUUCACCACUCACUGCUUUCCUUUCUACUUCCCAAAAACAUCGGUGCCAGCCAGGGUGCCGGCAGUGCUGCCACUGCUGGAGGAAGCAGCCAAUGGGUUCCAGACCAUGCAGGAGCUUGCCCGGGAGAGGGACGUGCGGCACCUGCAGGCCCUGCUAUGCCACGUGGCGGAGCAGCCAGCCUGCCGUGAUGCUGCCGCCCGCCGCUUCCUGGAGAUCACCAGCGCCCUCAGCACCAACGCUGCAUGCCAGGGCCCGCUGGAGCUGCUGCUGUGA